AUGAAUGAUUUAAUUGUUCCUAUAGUCACAAUUAUCUUAAGUUUUAUAUCAAUUAUAAGUUGUGGAUUUGUCAUAUAUAUUUAUGGAAGAUUUAGAGAAUUAAGAAAUGAUCAAUUUACUAUUGUAUUACAGAUUAUUUUAUUCGAUUUGAUAUAUGAUCUCAUACUAUUUAGUGACUCUAUUGGAUAUUUAUUUUUGAGAAAUACUAAUUUUCAAUUGAGUGAAAAGCCUGUAUUAUGUCAGGCCUAGUCUUUUUUUUCUGUUUAUAGUGUUUUAUCAAGCACUUUUUGGACUUCAAUUAUUAUUCAUAGUUUGUAUCAUUCUUUAAGAGAGAGUGAAACAAAUUAUUAUAUGCAGUCAUAUUAUCCUGGAUUAGGCUAUGGAAUACCUCUGAUAAUAUCAAUAAUGUAUGUAUUGUUAGUGAAAAAGACCAAUAAUUAUUGAUGCAUAUGGUUAAUACUAUCCAAUGCCAUAAACAAAUUGUUUCUUUGAUAUCAAUAAUGAAAAUAUGGAACUAUAUAUAAUGAUAUUUUUUGAUAUCCCUAUAUGGACAAUGUUUCUAUAUAACAUAAUAGUAAUCAUUCUUGUGAUUAGAAUUAUCAAUAAAAAUAACAUUGUAAAUCAAUCUUUGUAUACCUUAUUUAUGUAUCCUGGAAUUUUGGUAAUUUGUUGGAUAAUUGUAUAAUAUAAUAUAAUUUUUAGCCUGGCUUUGUGAAUCUUAUUGGAGUUAAAUCAGUAAUAUGGAAAAGCAUUGAUUUUGGAUUGGGAAGUUUAAUUGGUUUUUUUGAUUCAUAUUGGUAUUGUUACACAGCAUUAGCAGAUAGAUUAUUUUACGAAAAUGGAGAAUUUGUAAUACGUAUUAAAGAUAAUACAGAAGAAUAAGAAUUACCUAAAAUUUGA